AUGGCGGUUGUACCUAAAGAUAACAGGAUUCAAAAUACUGAAGAAACUGCUCAUGCAAUCGCCUCGGUGAAUGAUAACGGAAACGCAAAGGACGACAGCCAACCUAAAUCUGAAACCUUCAGAUCCUUUGUAGAGGAAACAUCAAUGCACGGAGCUCGUUUCUUGUUUAGCAAAAAUGUCUUCCGAAGAGGAUUUUGGACAGUUCUUCUAAUAUUAAGCUCUGGUUAUUGCUUCUUUCAAAUUUACGCGGGUGUCAUAUUUUAUUACCAGCGACCAUUUAACACCAAAAUUACGAAAAUUACACGAAAGUGUGAUACUAGUUUGCCUUUUCCCGCUGUCACACUUUGUAACUUGAAUCUCUUCAACCUUCGAAGAUACCGGAGUUACCAGAUUGAAAGGAACUUGUCCAUGGAGACAAUCGACGAAAAGCGCGACGUUAUCGCCAAAUUGUUAGCCCGUUCAAAGGAUGUCUUUCACAAUGAGACAAAGACUAAGCACCAGGAGUUGUUCUGGCGAUUUUAUGGCGAAGUUCCGAAUAUUUUCUUCCUGAAUCUCUUCAGUCAUGAAAUCGAAGAAAUGCUCCUUCCAGGGCCAACAUUCAACUCUUGUUUGAUAGAUGAGACAGCAUGUGGCCCUGAAAACUUUAUCCAGUUUAUAAGCUCCACGUAUGGUCGAUGUUACACUUUUAACUCAGGCCAGAACGGUAAUCCUGUAAUAAACGCCACCAUGGCCGGGCAGCUGAACGGAUUGAGGCUGUUGUUGAACAUUGAAAGAGAAAGUUAUUUGGAAAAUCCUCUCAACCCCUUUGUGGGGCUCACAGUUCUUAUUCAUGAUCAGAGAACAUUUCCUUUUAUGGAACAGUUUGGAUUCUUCGUGCAGCCAGGUGUUCGAACUCUCUGCUCAAUAAAAAGGAAAAAGGUUUGAUUAAAAAAAACCGAUUCUAUUCAACCAUUGAUUUUAAGAUUAGUAAGUCACGUAUACACUCGAUUACAUAAACUUUGAGAACUAAAAGGCAUUAUCCACGAACGAUGAGAUCUAGAAGCUUUAUGAGAAAUGUUCCCACAGAUACAUUUAAAGUGCAAUAAUUCACUUCUUCAUUAUUCAUGUAAAAUUUUUUUAUAUUAUAUUCUUUUCCUUCAAGGAAAACUUGGAUGGCUUCCAUCACUCACUGCGAUCCAUAAGGCCGUAGGGUCCCAACGUUUAUUGUAACUAAACACUUCUUCGGUGCUAACAUUUUUGCAAUCGACUCCCACAAAUCAUAUACCAUACUUGAUUCAAAUUUUCAUGAUGCUGUUACUAAGGCUUUGCAUAGAAAUAUGGGCUUGUCACUUACUUUUCCAACUACCUUUGCUUCCUUUUUUCGGUUGAAAAAGCAGAAUCGUAAGACGAGAGAUCUUCAGAAUGACUCUACACGGUUUCCUCGCUUCCAUUCCAAAAUUUAAGUUCACUCUAUGUUUUCUUUUUUCAGAUAGUAAACUUAGAAUAUCCGUACGUAACUAGCUGCAUUAAGAAUAGAAAACUGGAAAAGCUGCAUAACACUGAUAAUUCAUAUUCCAAGCCUGGCUGUUUAAUGCAGUGCUUAGGGCAGUUUGUCAUCGCAAGAUGUGGUUGCCGACCUGUGGAAUAUAGAGGUGAUAUUUUAGUGUAUGCUUCUGGUUACAAUUUACUUGUAUCCUACAAGUUCUUAUUAUUAUUUACACAGUUUAUCGUUAAGGCGUGUGUAUCUCUUUUUAUUAUUAUUAUUUUGUUGCAGAUUUACAGGUUCCUCUUUGUGCUGCCAAUGAUACAGUGCUUUGUCUGUUCCCGACGUACAGUAAGUUGCAACUCCAACGUUGUUUCAAGCAGUACCAUGAUCAGUUUGUCAGUAUCAAAUGUUUCAAUAACCGCCAGUUGAUCGUCGAUCGGUCUAUUAGAUGGUUAUUGCGUCAGUUUAUCUUAUCUAAAUUCAACUGAUGAUUAUAGAUACUAGUCUCAUAAUUGAUAACAAUGUCAUUUUACUCUCUGGAUGCAGGAAAAUAUGGAAAAUCGACGUUCAGAGAUAAAUGUGAAGAAAGUUGUCGUGAGCCUUGCCAGCACACUGAGUACGAAACAUUCCUGUCUUAUGCUGGGUUGCAGAGAGAAGUCUUUGCAGAAAAACUUAGCUCAAAUGUGAAUUUGACUAAGGACUUUCUUCUCUACGAGAACUUCUUGAACUUGUCAGAUCGUGAGAAAAAGGAAUACAUAGAGUAAGUGGCGUGUAAUAUGGCGUCAUAUGCCUUUAAACUACCUUCCCCCUUUUUUGUCAUGUGUUCUGGAAUGUGCAGUUUGUUAGCGACUUCCCUUUGGUAUUCUAGAUACACGAAAGAUAGCUUCGAGAGCAAAGAUACUUUCCCGGUUUCCUGCACAAUUCAACUACCUUUAACCAAUGGCCUGGAAGAAAAUGACCACAAAAAUUGUUAUUAAAAAUAAGGAGCUCUUAGCCAAAGCUUGAUAGCGAUGGGGGUCAAUUCAACUCUGUAUCUUUUCACAGCGAAAACAUUAUUUCACUGGAUAUUUUUUUCAAUGACAUGAGUUAUGAUGAAAUAACACAGACCAAGGCUUACGAGGCAUGGACAUUACUUGGUAAGUUAUGUCGUCGUUAAGAUUAAUAAUUGAAGUUACACUUAAUAAAUUGUAAAGUGAGUAACAACCAGCGAGAUGAUUUCAAUCCGAAGAAGAGUCUUUGAAAAUUCCGUGUAUCUAUUUAUUUAUCUCAGAGAGUCAACGAACAUACGAACGAAUGAACGAAGGAAAGAACGAACGAAUGAAUGAACGAAUGAACGAAUGAAUGAACGAAAGAAUGAACGAAAUACUAAACGAGCGAAUGAACGAACGAAUGAACGAACGAAUGAACGAACGAAUGAACGAACGAAUGAACGAACGAAUGAAUAAAUGAAUGAACGAAAGAAUGAGCGAAAGACUGAGCGAACGAAUGAACGAAAGAAUGAACGAAAGAAUGAACGAACGAACGAACGAACGAAUAAACGAAAGAAUGAACGAACGACCAAACGAAUAAACGAACGAAUGAACGUAUGAAUGAAUGAAUGAAUGAAUGAAUGAAUGAAUAAAUAAACAGAACGGAAGAAUGAAAAAUGAACGAAUCGGCGAAUGUAUGAAUGAAAGAAUGGGCGCAUUAUACAAAUAGAAGAAAGAAAAAUCAAGGAAAUCCAUACAGGAGAGCCGCGAAAGUUUUAAGUAACCGAAGACAUGACGCAUUGAUUGAAGGAAAAACAGACAGAAUGAAAAAUUGAGUCACUAGGUAUAUCAGAAUAAAAGAUAGAUGCAACACAAAAAUAGGUAUAUGAAUAUUCUCUCUUUUUGUUUUCCAGCAAAUUUGGGUGGAACUUUUGGUCUUUUCCUUGGAAUCAGUAUACUCACCGUUCUUGAAUUUCUGGAAUUCAUCAUCAGAAGGAUUUGGUCCAACAUAUGCAAAUGA